AUGAUGUUCACAUUUACUUCUCCUAGUGCUAAGAUGGACAACAAAUUCAAAAAUGGUAGAGGUCCUCCUAAUUAUCGAAUUCACGGUCAAUCAUGUCACUGCAUAGGAAGCAUGUUACCAUUGCCAGGUCAAAAUCCACAUUUUGCCCAAUUCUAUAUAUUUGAUACCGAACAUGAAAUUCAAAAUAAGGUUGAUGGAGUCAGAACCAAAACCGGAGUUGAUAUUAAUAUCGUGAAAAAAUUAUGUUCAAUGUUAUAUGAACACAAUGUGCAUGCUAAGCGUUUCAAAAUGGCGAUGGAUAUACUUGCUGAAGGCAAUGUUUCUGACCUAAAACUCCGUCUCAUUUAUGAGCGAUAUACUGAUGGACGAUGUGAUCGGUGGAAAUAG